AUGAAUUCUGUCGAUUUACAUGUUUCCAAGUCGGAUGAAGUGACCAUGAAGAAUGAUAUUUUACCGGAAACGCAAAUUCAACCAUUAAAUCUUUUCGAGCUUCAAGACGAUUUUGAAAAGAUUCUUAUCGAAGACGAUGUUAAGUCCAACGACAAACAGAUAACUUCGGAAUUACGUCUUCGCUAUCAAUCACGGGAAAAGAAGCAAAGGAUUGACAGUCACGUACAGAUACUGCAAGAAGAUCAUGCUCGACAACAGCUUCGAUUUGAAUUAACUGAGCACAGUUCAGGAAUGUUGAAGACACCGCUUACGAGCGCGUUGAAGGCUAGCAAUAAUUAUCAACAAGGAAAUGAUUUGGAGUUAGCACUGCAGUUCAGAGGACGGGAACAAAUGUCAUCUAUAGCAGCUCUGCUCGAAGAGGCUCAAUGUCGAUACGAGGAUGCAGAGUUUUUUUCACAAAACGUUGCUUCUAAACUUAGCUCUCGACAGGCAUCUAUUAGAGAGCAUCCAGGCCAAAACUUGCUUUCAUCGACAUCACCGACUUUUUACACCGCCCCACACGACGAUUUAGUGCGCAUCGAAAGUUACAGACGUUAUAUUGAGCUGUUGUGCCAAGAACUCGAGCUGACCGCAGAACAGGCAGCUGAACGACAAAACCUAACGGUAUCGCAGUCGCGGAAAGAUGCACAGUUUGCCCAUCCGAAAAUACCUGAGAGCAUGGAAGAAGACUGUGAUCGCAAACUUACAGAUUGGCGGUACGGUAACGCUGUGUGUGCGCAGACUGAUAACCCUCAAGCACAAGCAGAACCAAAAACGGAAAUGCCCGCUUCUGAGCAAAGCGACAGUAAUUUGUCUACCAAAACCUUGGUCGAAGUACUUGUUCGUAUGCAGUUGGAGCAAGUUCGCACACGCCGGUUUGAAGCAUUGAAAAGGGCACUACUUAUUCGGCACGCAAAGCAAAAUCAAGCGGCAAAGGAAUUUCUUUGUCGCUGGAAACUGCACCUUUUUAGCGUUAGAAUGACUCGACUAGGUUCCGUGCAAUCCGUGCAUCGCAUUAUGUUACUCCAUACAUCACGCAAGAAACUGAGCUAUUUUUACAAGUGGCGAAAUCAAAUUCGACAGCUCAUAGUUCACACUUCUCAAAGGCAAGCUCUUGUAUGCUGUAACCGCAUGAUUGCCGCGGAAAGAAUACGCCGCAUUUUUGACCAGAUCACGGUGAAGCGAUUAGUCUUUAGUUUCCACCGAUGGUGUCGACAAACAUUCUUUCUUGCCAAAGGUAUUUUUGUUCAUUCUAGCAAUGAUGCAGGAGUAAACGAAGAAGAUCUUCAGUCUUUGCAUCGGGAAAUAAAGAAGCUACACGACCAACUUGCCUCCUCAAAAUCUGAGGCUUGGCGAUAUAAAAGGCAGUUAUUGAAGCAGUUUCUUUGA